AUGCAAUUCACUUACAAAACACACAUUAACAAGUAUGGUUCGUUUAAAGGGUUUAACACAGAAGAGAAAAUCAAACAAAUCCAAGAAAUGGCUUUCUUUGGUAGAGUUGGGAGUUUAAUAAGGAAUGCGGCCAAUGCGAAGAUCGGUGCUGAGAUUAAGCUACGUUCUUUCCCGUCUGUUUUUCAAGCCGUACGGUGCUUUUCGAGUACUCCGUCUACAAAGCUUUUUGUAGGAGGUGUUUCAUAUUCUACUGAUGAACAAAGUUUGAGGGAGGUUUUUGCAAGAUAUGGGGAAGUUGUGGAUGUGAGGAUUAUUAUGGAUCGUGAAACUGGUAGGUCCAAAGGAUUUGGCUUUAUUACUUACAAUACUGUCGAGGAGGCAUCAAGUGCCCUUCAAGCCUUGGAUGGACAGGAUUUGCAUGGUCGCCGGGUUGGUGUAAAUUUUGCCAACGAAAGAGCCCGUGGAGGAUACGGUGGCGGUGAUGGUGGUUUUGGUGGAUCUUAUGGAAACACUUCCUAUGGUGGUGGAGGUGGUGCUGGAUAUCAAGGUGGUUAUGGUUAUGGUGGAGGAGGUUAUGGAAGCACUUACAAUGAUGGAACUACUAGUGGAGGUUAUGGUGGUGGUAACAAUGCAAGUUACGGUGGUGGAGAAAGCAAUUCUGUUAACUAUACUGCUCCUGGUGUUGGUGGUUAUGGCAGUGGUAAUGCAAAUUAUGGUGCUGCUGUAGGUGGUGCGGAAAGCAAUUCUGUUAACAAUGGUAGUGCUCCUGGUGCUGGAGGUUAUGGUGGUGGUAACAAUGCAAGUUACGGUGGUGGAGAAAGCAAUUCUGUUAACUAUACUGCUCCUGGUGUUGGUGGUUAUGGCAGUGGUAAUGCAAAUUAUGGUGCUGCUGUAGGUGGUGCGGAAAGCAAUUCUGUUAACUAUGGUACUGCUCCUGUUGAUGGUGGUUAUGGUGCUUCUUCUGCUGCUGGUGAUCCGAGCAAUGGUUUCGCGGGUGGUCAAUACCCUGGAAAUGCAACAGGGUAUGGCAGUGGCGGUUUAGGUACUGGGAGCAGCUUUGCUGGUCAAUAUGGUGAAAGUAGUCAAGAAAAUUUCAGGAAUGAUGAUCAUGAAGCCGAUACUUUUGCUAAACGGGCUUGA